CGGCGCGCACAUGGCGCUGCGGAGCCGCCGGCGGAGACCGGCUCCAGCCGGUAUAUAAGGGCUGGGAGCGAGCGCAGAGCAGCCGCCGCCGCGGGCAGCGGGAGCAGCAGCGGCCGGCGGGCAGCGGGGACACCUCCUCUCACCCCCCCCGUCCCCUCCCCACCCUCGGUCCCCGCCACCGAGGGUCGCCGCCCGCCCUGCCCCGGCCAUGCGCAGCCCCUAGCCCGCCGCAGCACCCAGCGCCGCCCGAUCAAAAAAAAUGACGGUCAAAGCUGUAAAGAUGCCGUGCACCGCUCCAAAUGUUUAUACUAAAGUGCCUGAUGGAGGAUGGGGUUGGACAGUUGCUUUUGCUUUCUUCUUUGUCGAAGCUCUAACGUACGGCAUUAUAAAAUCGUUUGGUGUCUUCUUUAAUGACCUGAUGGAAAGCUUUGACGAAACCAACAGCAGGAUAUCCUGGAUAAUAUCCAUCUGUGUGUUUGUACAGACCUUCACAGCACCUCUGUCGACGGUCCUGAGCAAUCGCUUCGGUCACCGCUUGGUGGUGAUGGCCGGAGGGGUGCUGAUCAGCACCGGCAUGGUCAUCGCCUCCUUCGCCCGCACUGUUGUGGACAUGUAUGUCACCAUCGGUGUCAUCUCUGGCCUUGGAUACUGCCUCUCUUUCCUCCCGACUGUCACCAUUUUAUCACAGUAUUUUGACAAAAGACGUUCGCUGGUCACAGCAGUGGCAUCGACAGGGGAAUGUUUUGCUGUUUUCUCCUUUGCACCAGCAAUCACUGCUCUGAAGGAGCAGAUUGGCUGGAGAUACAGCCUCCUGUCUGUUGGGGUGCUACAGCUGAGCAUCGUCAUCUGCGGAGCGCUGCUGCGACCCAUCGUCAUCAAAGAGCAAGAAGAAGUGAAAGCGCAGCCUCCGGAGGAGCCCACGGAGACAAAGUACAUGCUUGAAAACGAGCAAACACGCACCUCAAUAGAGUCCAUAGACUCAGGAGUAGAAAUAACUACCUCACCCAGCAAUGUGCCUGGAAACACCAAAGCAGAGCCCAAAAGUGAAGAACCAAAGGAAAACGUACAGGUACUUGUUGAAAAUAACAGCACCCCUCCAGAACCAAAAACCAAACUACUGGACUUUUCUGUGAUGAGAGACUAUAGCUUUAUUUGUUAUGCAUUCUUUGGCCUGUUCGCUACCCUGGGCUUCUUCGCCCCCUCCCUCUACAUCAUUCCCCUGAGCCUCAGCCUUGGCAUCGGCAAAGACCACUCUGCGUACAUCCUGUCGGCCAUGGCCAUCGCCGAGGUCUUUGGAAGAAUUUCAGCUGGCUGGGUUCUCAACAAAAAACCCAUCCGCAAGAUCUACAUUGAACUCAUCUGCGUCGUUCUGCUCUCCGUAGCGUUGUUUGCCUUCCCUUUCGCCUCGGAAUUCUGGGGCUUGAUGACAUGUAGCAUAUUUUUUGGGUUCAUGCUGGGAACGGUAGCGGGCACGCACAUUCCCCUCCUGGCAGAAGACGAUGUGGUGGGCAUCGCAAAGAUGUCUUCUGCAGCUGGAGUCUACGUCUUUAUUCAAAGCUUAGCUGGGUUGGCUGGACCACCCCUUGCAGGUGUCUUAGUGGAUACGACACAAAACUACAGCUCAGCCUUUUACUCGUGUGCUGCCGGCAUGGUCCUGGGCGCCGUGUUCCUGUCCCUGGUGAGGCCGUGCAAGGCCGGGCUGUGCCGCCGGCAGGACAGCGCGGCCGAGGUCGCACCCGACUUGCCGGAGGACUUUAUUGAAAUGGAUAUUGGAAAGGCAGAAAAUUCAGGAAAAGGCUGUGACAGCGCGGCGUAAAAUAAACCAGCCCUGCUCCUUCUCCACCUAAUGUGCUCGGCGUGAGACUGGGGAGAACGUCAGCUCUGCUCCACAUUUUAAAACUACAUUCUGAAGGGAAUGGGAAAUUUUAAAUGCAAACAGUUGCCACCAACCUUAUUUUUAAUCAUUAGAACUGUUUUAACCAACAAUGGAAAUAGAAAAUACGGAUAGCCACAUAACUUGUGUCCAGCAUGCAGAUGAGAUGCGCACUCCUGCUUUCCUGAUAACAACCACAGGUAAAGACCCCAGAAGAAACGCAAAGAGCGACAGCAGAAGCAGCUCAGCCACUGCCUGUCCUCACCCACCCUCUGCCACAGCCAGGACACCGAUGAUACGAACUGGAGACGAGCAUUUCGUACCCCACCGGUCACCAACUGACUCUUCUUCUGGAAGGCUCGUGUUUUAGACCUGAGGAGGAGACUAAGCUAGACAGCCGACUUAAACCAGUGCUAAGGUUCUUCUAAUUCACUUGAACGUCACAAAUGCUGGGAAAUCAGAGGGCUCUGUAUGUCUUUAUGGCCAGUUAUUACUGCACAUAUUUCAUAAGAUCAUUUUUCUUCUCCUGAUUGGCAUCCUGAGAACUGUUUUCUGUUGAUAGCCAGAUCUGAUGUACUGUUUCUAAUUUAACUAGUAUUUAUUAAUUUAUUCUAAGAUUGUUAAAGGAGGUUAGCUUAAAUAACCGGAGAGGAAAAAUCAUCUUUUGCGGAACAGAAAGCUGUCUUUCCAUUGAUCUCUUCAAUACCCAUCUUGUAUUGCUAGCUUGUGAAAUUGUUGGGAAACUUACAGCCUAGUGUAGCUGUUUUUAAUAGGUAGGUCUUAGAUAACCCAGUUAUCUAAUAAGGAAAAAAAUAAUAAUAAACCACAGAUCCAGCAUCUCUUUCCAAAAGGCCUGAGCUGGUGUCCAUGGACCCGGCUCUGCUGCCGUACCCAGCCCAGCCUGUCUCAAUGGACCCCAAACCUUCGCUUACAGGUGCACAGGGAAAUCUCUGCGCAUCCCCAGUGGACGUGGGACCCCGGUACCCAUCCCCAAGCGUGGUGGUCCGGGCUGUACCCCCUUCCCUGGCUCUCCUAAAGUCAGUUUUGACAUAAGUGAGAAGCAAAGCAGAGCCUGUGCACAUGGAAGCUGUGAAGGGAACAAUGAAAACCAACAUAUUAGCUGUUCAUUUAGUCUUAAUGGGAGAGAUUCCCGGUGACACAAGCUUGCUGCUUACCCACCUCUGUGCAUCUUAACGCCUCUCGGCAACUCAGGGGGACAAAUAACAAUAAGUCUGGUUUGGUUUUGGUGGGGGGGGGGAAAACAAACCCCAAACCAACAUUUCUGUGUAUUUAAGUGGAAGUGGCAUCACGCAUUAACUGCUACGCUGACCUGUCUGUAUUUUACCAGCCAUAGAAAUGUGGGACAAUCUGCUUUUCCUUAAAAAAAAAAAAAAAAAAAGCCUUUUUUUUUUUUUGGGGGGGGGGGGGGAAAGGUGCUUGAUUUGUUUUUUCUGUCUUAGAUGUCCAAAAAAAAACAAACAAAAAAAGAAAACCAGGCACUCUUGCAAGCAAGUGGCUACUAGAGCUGCUAGAGCAAUUCAUCCUCACUGCCCGGGACCCGCGGUCUCGCGUCCUUUCUCUGCCUCAGCACUUUACCCGGCCAGCAGAACCUCGCAGCGUUGCCCCCAGGACUGGAACAUCCCCGACCCACAACUCAAGUUUUGUGAACCAGUGAGUACACGAACAAAACAACGAUGUCGCGUUCAGAUGUGCUUUUCUUUUUUCUUUUUAAUUUAUUGUUAAUUUAUGAUACUUCAAGCGUUUUGGUAAAUGUUCUGUAGCCUAUAAUUGUAAGAUUAUGGAAGUCUUUGUGAUACGAGACCUCACUACAGCACUUUGCUAUUACGACUCUGCUUGGAAGUGGAAUAAGGCGUGCGGGUUUUGCGUGUGUGUGGAAGCUCCCUGUUCUGCAGAUUUGCGAGGUUCUACUGUAAUUUCAUUAGUUUUCUUGUUUUUUGUACAACAAUUUCCAAUACAGAUGAAACGAUCCGUUUGUCACUGACCUCACAGUACGUUUCUGUCCCUGUCUGUGUCGCGGCACGAGCAGGGGAGCGAGUGCGAAUGUGUGUGUGCGGGCAGCAGACCCAGGAGCCGCCUUUAAUGCGCUCGAAGCGGGAUGUACCGGUGUGUUUGUACCGUACCUAGUGGACUCUGGAAAUACUCUAAAACACUGAGUUUUGCAAUAAUUUUUUUCCUUUUUUUUUUUUU